CGGACAGCGGGGCCAUGGCGGGCCGGAACCCGGGCACCGAGCUGGAACUUGGCUGGAUCUCCAAAGUGUAUGUGAAUCGACCUGCAGUGGUGAGGCAUGCAGAACAAAUUAAAAAAUGGAAAACUGUGAAAGGUAAUUGGCAAGCAGCUUGGCUGCUGAAAGCUGUCACCUGCAUAGACCUCACCACCCUCUCAGGAGAUGACACUCCUUCAAAUGUUCAAAGGCUGUGUUUUAAAGCCAAGCACCCCAUCAGAGAGGAUCUGCUCAAAGCCCUGGACAUGCAUGAUAAAGGUAUCACUGUUGGAGCAGUUUGUGUGUACCCUGCAAGAGUGUCUGAUGCUGUGAACACCCUCAAGGCUGCUGGUUGUAACAUACCAGUGGCUUCAGUGGCUGCUGGGUUUCCAUCUGGCCAAACUCCUCUGGAGACCAAACUGGCUGAAAUAAGGCUGGCAGUGGAAUAUGGUGCCCGAGAGAUUGACAUUGUCAUCAGCAGGAGCCUGGUGCUCACUGGCCAGUGGGAAGGUCUGUACGAGGAGAUCCGUCUGUGCCGUGCAGCCUGUGGAGAAGCUCACAUGAAAACCAUCCUGGCUACAGGUGAACUGGGCUCCCUUGCCAAUGUCUACAAGGCCAGCAUGAUAGCUAUGAUGGCAGGUUCUGAUUUUAUAAAGACAUCCACAGGAAAGGAGGUGGAAAAUGCGACCUUUCCCGUUGGCAUCGUCAUGAUGCGAGCCAUUAAGGAGUACUACUGGCAAACUGGCUACAAGGUUGGAUUUAAGCCUGCAGGGGGCAUUAGGACAGCCAAAGAAGCUGUCACUUGGCUUAUGCUGGUGAAGGAGGAGCUGGGAGUGGAGUGGCUGACACCAGAGCUCUUCCGCCUGGGUGCCAGCAGCUUACUGGGAGACAUCGAGCAGCAGGUUGGUUGUUGGCACCUUACAGCUCCUGCAGAACAAAAGGAAUCUUCCUAA